GAUGGGGGAAGAAGUUAGGUAGGGGGAAUAGAAUCCGAUUUUGGUUGGAUGAGUUGGUGGAUGGGGGAAGUCUUAAGAGGCAAUUCCUGAGGAUCUUUGUCACUGCACAAUUGAAGAAUAUGGUAAUUGAGGACGUGUAUAUAGAAGGUAAUGGUAACAGGGAGUAGUUUGUGAAUGUGAACAGAAAUCUGAAUGACUGGAAAGUUGAAGAGUGUGAAGCAUUUCUACUGUUAUUAUCCACGGUGCAUGUUGAUGACAACAUGGACUAGAUUGUGUGGAAGUUGAAAGAAAAUAGGGGGUUCACUGUUAGUCUUAUUAUAAUUAUUUGAUGGGGAGAGAGUCAGACGGGGUUUCCAAAUUCCCCGCUUAUCAGAUUUGGAAAGCGAAGGUGCCUCUGAGGGUUACUUUUUCUUUGCUUGGGAGGCAGGUUGAGAAUGUAUAUUGACAAUUGACAAGCUGAUGACAAGAGGCAAAUUAUGGUGAAUGGGUGUUACUUGUGCAAAAAAGCUACAGAAUCCUGUAAUCACAUUCUUCUCUGGUGCCCAAUGGCUUAUGAACUAUGGUCAAUGGUCUACGAUCUGUUAGGGAUUAACUAGGUUAUAGCGGAAACGGUGAGAGAUGAAAUUUGGGUUUGGGAAGGGUUAUAUAAAAAGAGAACAUUUGUAAAACUUAUUCCGCUAAUUAUUGAGUUAUAUGUAAAGAGAGAAUAGUAUGAUUUUUGAGGGUAUUGAGAGUGAGAUGUCUAAGACCAGGGAUAGAUGGUUGUAUCAUUUUGGCUCCUUGAUGUUAGGACAUGACAUUUAUAGGUUGGAAGAUUUUGGGAAUGUCAUUAAUAUACUAACACAUUUAUAAAUUUUUUUGUAAAUGAGUGGUACCCCCUUGGUACCUUGUGAAUAAACAAUAUGUACUUUUUAUCUUGAAAAAAAAAAAGAUACAAUGAGAUCAUUUUUCUUCAAUGAUAGAAAAUAAGGAAAUCUUGGUAUUGGUUUCCAGGUAUGAAGGAGCUUUGGAUCCUUGGAUGUUAUCUUUAUGGAGUAUGUUGUAUCAGAUCAAGCCCAAAAUUUUUCCAAGAGGUCCAGAUUUCAUGAAUCCUGAUGCAAAAAUAAUUGGUCAACCGAAGUAUCAAAUCACAUACCAUAAAGCAGACAUCACGAGUUCAAAUUUGUCAACUGCAUCAGAUUUGAAAGAUAUUGAGGUGAAAAUUGAAAGGGCUCGUCUUAUGUCUCCUGGAAAAUUUUCCCAGAACAAGAUGAGGCCUGACUGCUUUCUUAGAAUGAUAAGGAAUCAACCUUUGACUAGAGAUGACUGUGGAAAAGAUGUCCGACAUUUCGAAUUUGAGUUUGUUUCAUCGGCUACUGAAUAUGAAGUUGGUGAUGCUGUUGAGCUUCUCCCUAGUCAAGAUCCCGAAGCAGUGGAUGCUUUUUUAAAUCGCUGUAACUUGGACCCUGAAUCUUUCAUCACUGUUCAUCCUAGAGAGAUGGAUAAGCACAAUCCUGAUACUCAAUUAAGUACGUCAGAGCUCCCCAUCAAAUUGAGAACUUUUGUUCACUUGACUAUGGAUGUUGCAUCAGCAUCACCUCGACGCUACUUCUUUGAGGUUAUGAGCUUUUUCGCAACAGCUGAACAUGAAAAGGACAGGCUUCAGUAUUUUGCUUCACCUGAGGGAAGGGAUGAUCUCUACCAAUAUAACCUGAAAGAACGGAGAACUGUUCUGGAGGUAUUAGAGGAUUUCCCCUCUGUGCAAAUGCCAUUUGAGUGGCUAGUGCAGUUGGUUCCUCCACUGAAACCAAGAGCUUUUUCCAUUUCUUCUUCUCCUUUAGCUCAUCCCAAUCAAGUGCACUUGACUGUCAAUUUAGUGUCAUGGACAACGCCAUAUAAGAGGAAGCGAGAAGGUCUUUGCUCAUCAUGGCUCGCCAGUCUUAGUCCGGAACAAUGCAUAUAUGUUCCAGCCUGGUUUCAGAAAGGGUCUCUCCCCUCCCCGCCAUCAUCACUGCCUCUUAUUCUUGUUGGACCUGGAACUGGCUGUGCACCUUUCCGUGGAUUCAUAGAGGAAAGAGCCAUUCAAAGUGUCACCGGUUCAACUGCUCCUGUCUUAUUCUUCUUUGGCUGCCGAAACGAGGAGAAUGACUUUUUGUACAGAGAUUUUUGGUUAUCCCAUUUACAAAACGGUGGGGUACUUUCAGAAGCAAAGGGUGGUGGAUUUUAUGUUGCCUUCUCAAGAGACCAGCCACAGAAGGUCUACGUGCAACAUAAAAUGCAGGAAUAUAGCGAGAGGGUAUGGAAUUUGUUGAUCAAUGGCGCUGCCGUCUACAUUGCUGGUUCUUCAACAAAAAUGCCCUCGGAUGUACUGUCAACCUUGGAGGAAAUCGUAUCCAGAGAGAGUGGGGCUCCAAAAGAUUCUGCAGUAAGGUGGCUUAGAGCUCUGGAAAAGGCUGGUAAAUAUCAUGUUGAAGCUUGGUCUUGACAUUUUGCUUGAUCUUACUGAAGGUAGACCAGUCGAAGCUCAUUAGUUUUUCUGGACUACCAGCUUGGUUACAUACAUUCAGUUUAGAUUUCAUUGAAGGCAUGAGGAAGACUUCUAUAAGGAGACGGAAGCAAUCAGAGGGCAACACUGGGCUCCAAGCCAGUGUUUGUAAUUUAACAUAUUUAUUAAAGAAAAUGUUUUAUUUAAUUGAAGAAAUUACAAUUAUA